AUCAGCGCCACGUCGGUGGCUAUAAAUGAGUGCGAGUCUAUCAAAGAUGAUAGAUUCUCUAUCUGGAACUGCACAUCAGUUCCGUUCCGUCCGUUUGCACACAACGUAAGCGAAAAGCGAUGGUUCUUGUGCUUGGUUUUAGCUUGCUGUCCACACUGUUGGCCAGCAGCACGGCCAGCAGCGGCAUCCUUCCAGUGGAUUGUUCGAAUGCACAGCCGGAUGGCACCACGCACCAUCUGGCCCAUCCAACGAGCGAUUGUCGGCGGUACAUUGUUUGCGCUGGUACGAGAAAGAUUGAGCAAAGCUGUCCAAACGGUUUCCAGUGGAACUCACUCGAUGCCACCUGUACGGUGCCACUCAACGAUGCCACUCCGUGUUCGCACUCCGUUGGUCCCACUAAGGCGCACGGUGGUGUGGUUAGCAGUAAAUGUCCGGCCCAGCUUGACCGUUGCCCGUUGGAAACGAAUCCGGCGGAAGAGGUGAUCCUGUUGCCGCACCCGGACGAUUGCCGUAAGUUCUAUGCCUGCGUUUCCACCGUACCAAUCGAGCUGCACUGUCCGAAGGGGCUCUACUGGGACCAUGGUGCCUGUCGGUGCGAUUUCGAGCGACCCAACGGCCAGUGUGUAGCGGAUGGAAGCCCCUGGAAGGUUAAGCAUCGCAUACGCGUGCGGGAAACGGAGGACGAUACGACGACGACGACCGAAACGCCGAUUCUGCAAUCGGGAGCACGUGGACUGAAGGCACUGUCCUCCAUCUUGCUGCUGAUUGGAACGCUGGCUUUGAAUCACUAAAACCUUCCUUCAACCUUGUUUUCCCCCCCUCAAGUCGAUAGUGUGCAUGUUAAUCGUUGAAGGAAUUGAAACAUUGUUCCUAGUGGAUAUGGAUAACAAUGGCAACGACUUCCACCUUCGAUUUCCGAGCUACGAGCAAAGUAACACGUCCAACGACAUUCCACACAACUUGCAACAAUGACGUU